GUGUUUAAAGGGCCCGGUCAGCUGACAGACUCCUGCCGGCGUCUACCCUUGGGGGCCUGGUUCUGGCUACCUGGGGAGAGAUGAUGGCGUACCGAACCGGCCAAGUGCUCCAGGGCAGACCCGGGGGAUCGCAGAAUCCGGGGUUCUGGGGAGGCUGUAGAGUUCAGGUAUUUGCCGCGAUCUUCCUGCUGCUGUUGUCUCCGGCAGAAUUUGGGGCUAGGGCAGAGAACGACUUCAGUCUGGUUCAGCCGCUGGUGACCAUGGAGCAGCUGCUGUGGGUGAGCGGGAGGCAGAUCGGUUCUGUGGAUACCUACCGAAUUCCCCUCAUCACAGCUACUCCUCAGGGCACUCUCCUUGCCUUCGCUGAGGCCAGAAAAAUGUCCACAUCGGAUGAGGGAGCUAAGUUCAUUGCUCUUCGCAGGUCCUUGGACCAAGGCAGCACAUGGUCUCCUACAGCCUUCAUUGUAGAUGAUGGGGACACCCCGGAUGGGCUGAACCUGGGGGCAGUGGUGAGCGAUAUGGAGACAGGAGUGGUGUUUCUUUUCUAUUCCCUCUGUGCUCACAAGGCUGGCUGCCAGGUGGCCUCCACUAUGUUGGUGUGGAGCAAAGAUGACGGUGUGUCCUGGAGCCCUCCCCGGAACCUCUCCUUGGAUAUUGGCACCGAGAUGUUUGCCCCCGGACCAGGCUCAGGCAUUCAGAAACAGCGGGAGCCGCGGAAGGGCCGCCUCAUCGUGUGUGGCCAUGGAACACUGGAGCAGGACGGGGUCUUCUGCCUCCUCAGUGAUGAUCAUGGUGCCACCUGGCGCUAUGGCAGUGGGGUCAGCGGCAUCCCCUAUGGCCAGCCCAAGCGGGAAAACGAUUUCAACCCUGAUGAGUGCCAGCCCUAUGAGCUCCCAGAUGGCUCAGUCGUCAUCAACGCCCGGAACCAGAACAACUACCACUGCCGUUGCCGAAUUGUCCUCCGCAGCUACGAUGCCUGUGACACCAUACGGCCCCGUGAUGUGACCUUCGACCCUGAGCUUGUGGACCCUGUGGUAGCUGCAGGAGCUGUAGCCACCAGCUCCGGUAUUGUCUUCUUCACCAAUCCAGCCCAUCCGGAGUUCCGAGUGAACCUGACCCUGCGCUGGAGCUUCAGCAACGGUACCUCAUGGCAGAAAGAGACGGUCCAGCUGUGGCCAGGCCCCAGUGGCUACUCCUCACUGGCAGCCCUGGAGGGCAGUGUGGGCGGGAAGGACCAGGCCCCCCAGCUCUACGUCCUGUAUGAGAAAGGCCGGAAUCAGUACACAGAGAGCAUCUCACUGGCCAAAGUCAGCGUGUAUGGGACGCUCUGAGCUGUACACCUGCCACCAGAGUAGAAGGCCCUGGACUCAGCCUUCAGGACUGUGGGCCCUCAGAGGCUAGAGGUGCCUAAAAGACAGUUCCACCUGCCCGUAGACUCUAGCCUUUUGCAAAAUCAAUUUCUCUUUGACAGGGAAGUCACUCUGUUAGGACUACAAGCCUGGCUGCUUCCACACAGGGAGUCCUGCCCUCACUUGGGAGCGUAUCCCUUCCCCAUCAUUGCUGGGCCUGGCCCCCUUCUGUUCCUGGGGCAAUGAUUGGUCCUUUUCGUAGGUGGGGUUAGGUAGGCCUGUGGAAUUGAAUAUAUUUGGACUCAGGGAAAUGGGGAAGGCUGAGCUUCCUCUUUAGGGUAAGAUACUGUGGAGCAGGUUGGCGAAAGUACUGUAAGGGCAAUAUUUGGAUUCAGGGUAAAGAACUAGGUGUACCACCCACCUAGACUAUUUAUAAAUUGAACUAUUUGUAACUUAACGUUUUUAAUGAAGGAGAAUGAGCACUUGCA